UGUAAUCGAUUGUCAGGCAAGUUUGUUUACUGGUUAUGUUUUGUCAAUGCCGAAUCGUGUGUUUUAACGAUUUGGAUCGUUAAUAGCUUUAUUGAAAUAAAUUAAUGAAAAAUAAAGCUAAAUAAUUUUUGUAUUUUGAUGUUCGCAAUUUUGUAAUUGUGGAAUUUUUAUCAUUACGUAACUAGAAUAUAUAAAGCCACGAAAAUGCCGGUUACCAAAAAUAAUAAAAUGAUGCAGCACAUCAAUUACAGAGUGCGUGUGAUUUUACAAGACUCUAGAAUGUUUAUUGGUACUUUCAAAGCUUUUGAUAAACAUAUGAAUUUAAUUUUAUCGGAUUGUGAAGAGUUUCGUAGACUAAAGAGCAAAGCCAAAGUACCUACUAUGCCAGCAGAACCAAGAGAAGAAAAACGUGUAUUAGGUUUUGUAUUGUUACGUGGUCAAAAUAUAGUUUCUAUUACAAUUGAAGGACCACCUCCUCCAGAAGAAGGAUUACCUAGAGUUCCAUUACCAGGUUCAGUAGGUGGUCCUGGCUCAAGUCGAGCUGCUGGUCGAGGUAUGCCAUCAGUUAUGCCAACUGCUGCUACACCAGGAUUACAAGGACCAGUUAGAGGUGUUGGAGGUCCUGCUCCAGCUGCAAUGGCACCUACAAGAGGAGCUCCAGCUCAGCCACCAAUACGUGGUCCUCCUAUUAUGGCUCCACCUCCUGGAAUGAUGGCUGGUAUGCCACCAAUGUCUGGAAUGGGACGAGGUGGACCACCUCCUAUGCCAACUAAUAACAUGCGUGGACCUCCACCAAUGAUGAGAGGGCCUCCGAGUGGUCCUCCUAGAGGGUAUUAGUGAAUGAUCAAUUUAUUUGUAAUGAUUCAACAAAAUUCAUUUCAUAAUUGCAGUAUAUUGAUAAUCCUCCAAUGCUUAUACAACAGUAUAUAUUAAGUAUUUUAUGCCAUUUCCAGCUAUUGAAAAAAAAACAAUUUUAUUAUUAACUAAAUAUCUCUUGACAAAUAAAAUAUCCUUAUAUUUAAAAAUGUAAUAUUUUUAAUCAUAUUCUAAAAAUAACAUAUUUAUUACUAAAUUAUUUUCCAAUUUAGUAUGUUCUUCAUAUAAUUGUAUCAUUUUAAUCUGUUAAAAAUUCAAAGUAACUUAUGUUAUUUUAGCAUUAUUCAAUCAUUUAAAGUAUACAAAUUAAUUUGGACUGUAUAAUCUAAGUAAUAUUUGUUUACAACUCUAGUGCUACUUGUGCACUAUAUUUAAGUGGACACUUUUUGUAAAUAAAAUAAUAAAUUUUACACUUUGCAUUAAUUUUUUAUUGAGAUUAAUUAGAAAAGAAGUGAAUAGCGGUUUUUAAAUGAGAAUGUAUGGUAUUCAUAAAGAGGAUAUAGAAGUGGAAUGAAAGGUGAAAUCCAAUGUCUAAUUUCAAAUAUUUAGGUAAUUACUUUUACAAAAUGUUAAGUUUAUCUUUAAAUAAUUUAAAGUUCAGAUUAUAAAUGUACACUGUACAUUGUACAGGUUACUUCUUUUAAUAUUAUUAUCGAUUUCUCUUAAAAUAAUUUUGUUUAUUAUUUGACUUAUUAAUUAUUAAAUAUUUUUUAAAUUUAUCCAUUAAACCUUAUAAAAAGUGCAAACUUGAUUUUUUUAAAUGACAAUAUACAUAUUUAACAAACUUAUGAAAUAAAAAACUAUUCAAAUAAGAAAAUGACUUGUUUAUAACAACUUUUGAACCAGUACUUCGGAAUUAACUAAUAUUUUUAAAUAUAGAGUGGAAGAAGAGUAUGUCAGAGUAAUGUGUAAUAAUAUAAACAACAUAACCCACAUCUGACCUCUACUAAAAAUGCAAAAAUAAUUUUCUUGUUAAUUAUUACUUUAAGAAAAAUUGAAAGGUUAAUAUUAAAAGAAUGAUCUGUAUAAAUCUCUUCUUUAAAAUUACACUUGUAUU